AUGGAGCGCUCUGCACUUAUAAACUACAAUGAAGACAUAAUCCUAUACAAAAGAUACGUUGAUGAUGUGCUAAUUGUAUGGAAGAACGACACAAAGAUACAACAAUUCUUGAGCCAAAUGAAUUCCAACCAACAUGGUUUAAAACUGAACCUAGAACAGAUAAGUAGCAAAGAACUACAUUUCUUGGACGUUAACAUUGAAUUUAAGAAUGGAUCACUGUACACAAAGGUGUAUAUCAAGCCCACUCAUGAUCUGAUAUAUAUACCAGCGACAUCUAAUGAUCCAACUGUAUAUAAACUUUCUGCCUUUAAGGCGCUAAUCAGAAGUGCGUUUCUGUAUUGCUCCAACGUAAUGGACACUAUAGAGGAACUGAAUAGAAUUAAAGAAGUGGCGAAAGGGUUGGGAUUUGGAACAAGAUCUGUAGAGCGUCUAAUUACCGCAUACAACGAUCCUAGAAAGAGCAAAAAGAAAAAACCAGAGGAAAGCAGCAACAUCACAAAAUUUACAUAUAAUAAACAUCUAUUCCCGGUUAUGAAAGAAAUCGCGAACUACAAAAACACCAAUAUAGUAUACAAAAGAGCUUCCACAUUAUAUACGUUGCUCAGAAACGACAAAGAAAAAAUUAAUGAUAAAGAACAAGCAGGAGUGUAUGCAAUACCAUACAAAAACGACCAAUUAGAAAUAGAUAAAGAAUACAUAGGAGUCACUAAUAGAAACCUUAGCGUGAGGAUAAAGGAGCAUAAGUAUGACGUUGCGAAGAGCCGAUAUGCAACAGCGUUAUCAAAAAUAGCGCAAACGGAUGGAUCCAUAGUUAAAUGGGAGGAGGCCAGAAUCGUGGCAAAGGUACACUCGCCAACACUUGCAUCCGCAACAGAGAAAUGUGAGAUCUACAGAUCCAGCUUGACGGAUAAAUGUUUAAACUAUAAGGAUGCAACAAUUUUACCGUCGCCAUGGAAAUACAUAAUUAGAAAAAACUCGUAG